AUGGUUUCCGACAACUCUGAGGUAGCUAGAGGUGCAUACUCGGUAUUCUCGAGUUCUACAGGUGGCCUACAUCUGGCUUUGUCAAGGAGCUCCGUCAACGCUUCAAUCCAAUCUGCAUUCGAUUGGGAUCAAAAUGCUUGUAAAGUGUACGAGGCCAAUCAUGGGAGAGGAGUUGUUGAGAGAGUCAGUAUCUCGACACUGACGGCCACCAAUUUGGCCAGAUAUGAAGCAGAGAUGUGGUUACUUUCACCUUCAUGCCAGCCUUACACGGUCUUGAAUCCGAACGCCAAAGGUGAUCUAGAUCCCAAAGCCAAAUCUCUUGGAGAGCAAUCAUCAGCUUCGUCUAAAUAUUGCUGA